CGCCCACACGCUUUAGCCUUUCCUCUUCCUGAUCCAACGCACUGAUCCUUUGAAUGGCCCUUCCGUGCAGGAAUUCCUGCCAAGAAUACUAGGAAUUGGGGUUACCCAAUGCAAUCGACUAGCAGAGGAAGUGGCAGCAACUGCAGAGAGGUUGCUCCACUCCUGCCACCAGAGGUCUCCGGUUACCUCCGAGGGAGGGGCUGCUGCUGCCGCUGCCUUUCUGUUCCUCGCCCUCCGCAUGUUGGGGGCUGAGCUUUGAAAUUCAGAUGCUGCGGACUCCAUUGUGAUCCGGGAUCCAGCUGCUUCUGCUUCUCCGCCAAGCUGGAUUUUUUUACGUGGGAAGAAGAAGGGAGAUCUAUUUCCUUUGUCCUUGCCUUCUGCGAGGGAAAUCUUGUCGCCGAAAUUAAAAGUGGGGGAUUGACUCUGGUUUGAACUGGCAUCCAUUUCGGAUCUAGAGAGCCCAUUCCCAGGGCCCCAGGUCAUAUUUCCAGCAGGGCAGAGACCAGAUCUUUUGUGGAAAGGAGUUUGCACCCCACCUCUUCUCACCUCUUCACCACCUCACCCCUGCUCAGGUCUCCACACAUACUGUCCAAGUUAAGACCAGCCCCUUCUGAAGAAAAUGGCCAAAGCAGAAUCAGCUCAGAUGCCUGGCGCCUAUCAGGAGGUGACGGUUGCUUCUGCUAAGGAACCACAGGAUCUCCUGCAUGCUGAUCAAGGGAGCCUCUACAGGAAUGUCAUGCAAGAGAGCUACAAGACGAUCCUCUCCAUGGCCCCUCCACUUCCACUCCAAAUGGAAUGUCCCAUUCAAAAAGCUGAGGUGCUUGGCCAUCUAGAACAAGGACAGGAGGCCUGGGCCCCAGAUCUCCAGAAGUCUGUGGACAACCCUGCUGAAAGUCCAGUUAAGGUAGCGCUGAAAGAACAGCCAACGGCAGAAAACUGGUGGAAUUCCUACCGGAGCCCUGUGAGCGUGCCCAGUUCAGACUCCUCUAGCACAGAUGAUGAAUCAACAAGUGAGAAAGAAGAGGAGGGGAACACGCAGCAAAAAGGCCUUAGGAUCGCAAAGCCACGGGCUUCUUUGCUGGGUAAAUUUGAUGGUGGCCACGUCAGAGAGGAACCCUGUAAGAGUCAGUGCAAUCAGGAGCAGAAACACCCAAAUAGUACAAGACUCCAUUUUCAUCCUGCUGACAAAAACAACAGGCACCGCGUUGGUAAUGGCCAGCAAAGAAUAGACACGGGAAAGGGCUGGAAUUCAUGCUCUGUGUGUGGGAAAAGGUUUGGUCGGAAAUCAUCCCUUAACAGACAUCUCAAAAUCCACAGUGGUGAGAAGCCCUAUAAGUGUUCCACUUGUGGGAAAUGUUUCCUUGAGAAAUCAAAUUUCAUUACCCAUGUAGGAAGACACAUUAAAAAGUCCCAUUCAGGAAGGGAAUCCUAUGAAUGUCCUGAUUGUGGAGAGAGCUUCAUUACAAGGGCUGAUGUAACCAAGCAUCAGAGAACGCACACCAAUGAAACAACCUAUCCGUGUCCUGACUGUGAGAAAAGCUAUGGGGAAGAGAGAAGCCUUGUUAGGCAUCAGAAAAUAGCUCACUCAGGAGCAAAUCUCUAUGAGUGCAACACCUGUGGGAAAAGUUUUGUGGAAGAGAAAGAUCUUGUUAGGCACCAAACCAUGAUCCAUGUGGGAGGCAGUUUCUAUCAGUGUCCUGACUGUGGGAAGAGCUACAGCAAGAAAUCGUCCCUAAUUGAACAUCGGAGACAUCACAAGAGGGACUUUCCUUGUAAAUGCCCAGAAUGCCAGAAGAGCUUUAGAGAUAACCGUAGCCUUGCCAAUCACUGGAGAAUGCACGAGAGAGAGAAACCCCAUAAAUUCCUUAACUAUAAAGUGCAUUUUGUGAAGAGCCUACCUCACACAAUGCAUCAGGGAAGCACCACGGAAGAAAAUCUCCAUACAUGUCCAGAUUGCGGAAGAUGUUUUAGGGAUGAGAAAUGUUUUGCUAAUCAUCGGAGAAUCCACGCAAGACAGCAACUGUAUCAACAGCAAAGUGAAGGGGACAGUAGCAAGGCAGAAGCACUGCUCACCAGAAAUCAGAUAACUCAAGUAGAGUUGAACUGCAACACAUGGUCUGCCUGUGGACAACCCCUCAGCACCAGCUCAGCGCCAGCUAUACAGCCCCAGGUAGAACUGGAAGCUCUCCAUAUGUGCCCUGAUUGUGGGAAAAUCUUCAGGGACAGCCAGUGUUUUGCUAAUCAUCUGAGAAUGCAUGCAAAAGAAAAACAGUGUAACAGUGCUCCCCAUAGGGAAAUAUUUGAGGAAAGAAAGCCACUUGCUGGCCAACAGGAAACCCACCUGAAACAAAACCCCUGCAGAUGUUCUGGCUGUGGGAAAGUGUACUCUACCCACUAUAAUCUCCGAAGACAUCGGCAAAUGCACCCAGAAUGCAGAUCCUAUAAAAGCUCCGACCGGGGGAAAGGGUUUGCAUUCAAAUGGUCUUUUACUGAGCAUCAGAAAGCCCAUGCAGAAGGUCAACGGCAUCCGCACAAAUGCUCUUAUUGUGGGAAAGCAUUCAGAGCCAAGAGUGUCCUCAACAGACAUCAGCAACUACACAUCAAAGGCAAGCCCUAUCAGUGCAAUGAAUGUGGGAAAAGCUUUGCGUACAAGUAUAUUUUUGCUCGGCAUCAGGAACUCCAUGCGGAAGGCCAACGACGUCAGCACAAAUGCUCGCACUGUGCGAAAGCAUUCCGGACCCUCUCUUCUCUCCGUAGACACCAGCGGUUGCACACAGAGGGCAAACCCUAUCAGUGCAGCACCUGUGGGAAAGCCUUUGCCUAUAGAUAUGCCCUCACCAAUCAUCGGGAAAGCCACAUGGAAGUACAGCCCCACGUGUGCUCUUUCUGUGGGAAAACCUUCACCAGCAGCUAUUCCCUUAGUAGACACAAGCGUAUUCACAUGGAGACGAGAUCCUAUCAAUGCUCCACCUGUGGGAAAGCCUUUGGAACAAAAUAUUCCCUUGGUAGGCAUCAGGAGAUGCAUGGAUCCAGUGAUGGGAAAGAUCUCUGUGACAGCUCAGCCCUCGCUAAAAAUCAAGCUAGUGAUACAGAAGAAAAUUCCAAUAACUGGUCUGACAGUUCAGUCCUCUCUGGCCAUCAGGCCAUCUGCAUGGAAGAACCACCCCUUGGAUGUGGUGAGAGUGUGGAUGACUCUGCUCACAUUAAACAUCAGGAUAGCCGCUCAGCAGAAAAUCCCACUGAAGGGCUAGAUUGUGAGACAACUUCUCGUGGCAACACAGUGUUUCCUAAAGUUCAAACUAGCUAUGCUGAUGACAGUUUUAAUAAAUUGCCUGACAAUUCAGUCUGCUCUGGACAGCAGAGAGUUCACAAGGGAGAAAAGCUCCCUGAACACUGCAAGAGUGUGGAUAACUCUGCCCCCCCUGAACACCAGAGCACCCCCUUAGAAGAACAUUUCACUAAAGAGUUAGGGUAUGAGAGAGCCUUUAGGGAUGGCUCACUCCUCCCUAAGGGUCAAGCUAGCUGUACAGUAGAAAAUAUUAACAAACAGACUGAUAAUUCAGUGUAUGCUGGACAACAGGGAGUCCACAGGGAAGAAAACCCACCUGAGCGCUCAGACAGUGGGGGAAGCUUCUUGGCUAGCUUAACUUUCAUUAAACACCAAAGGACCCACAUAGAAGAAAGUUUCAUUAAAGAGUUAGGUGGUGAGAAACCCUUCAAGGAGCGCUCAGCCCACACUAGUCAUCAGGGAAUCAUCAUGGGCAAAAAAAGCCAUAUAUGCUCUGACUGUGGGAAAUCCUGUAGAGACAAAUAUUCCCUCACUAGACAUCAGCUCACCCACACAUCAGAGAGACCGUAUCAAUGCCAAAAGUGUGAGAAAAGCUUCCGUCACUCCAAAGACCUUGGACGGCAUCAGGUGACCCAUACGGAUCUCAGGCCUUAUCGAUGCCCCGAAUGUGAAAAGUCCUUCAAGACAAAAUCUGCCGUUGAUAAACAUCGAAAGACCCACACAGGAGAGAAACCUUAUUGCUGCUCUUAUUGUGGGAAAAGAGUCACAACUAACUCAAUUCUUCGUUGUCACCUGAGAAUCCAUACAGGCGAGAGACCCUAUAAAUGUACAGAGUGUGACAAAGCAUAUAGAACCGGGUCAGCCCUCAAAAAACAUUUGGACAGACACUUAAACGUGAACAAAUCUGAGGUCCCCCCAAAAGAUCAGCCAAAUCAAGUUUUUUAAUACAUUUUCCCAUGAAUCUUCGGUGAUAUAAUGGAACAAUACUUGCUGGACUAUCAGUGCUGUUGGCAGGACUCAACCUAGGAUUAGUCUGGCCUCAAAUACUGGCAUCUUCAGAAAGGCCCAGGUUCUUUAUAUAAGCAACGGGGAUAAGCUACCUCACAAACGUAAACCCAACUCUGUUUUUCACCCUCAAAGCACCUAGAUGCCUUAGCUAAGGAAAUGGACUUUCAUACCGCCUGUGAUAUAGAGAUCUUGGAGUUCAAAUAAUUUUAAAUUACUAACUCCGACUGGGGAGACAUGGCUCUUGGAUGACAGGAGGAAAUGGAUAAUGGAAAAUGUGAAGUGACUGAUCUACCCAGUCAAGAUAAGACAAGAGUAUGGGGCGGGAGGGACCCUCUCAUAAUUCCUCCAAAGCACCAGCUCCCCAAGGAGAGAACAAGUACAGAGAAACUAUUGUUAAAUCUAACAUGCUGAACUUGUUAAAGUGGUCCGAGUCCUAAUUCAAGGUUCCUUUUUCAUCUUCUGAAUCUGUAUUUGCCAGAAAAAUCCAGAAAUGAUUUUUAUUUUUACAAAGAAUGUUAAAAGAAAGCUGGGGAUGGGGUGUGGGGAGCAUCAGUCUAGCUCAUACCUGCUCGCAUGAUUUAAUGACUAGAAUCUGUGAUAAAUGGCCAGUUUUGGAGAGACUUUCCUUUCAAAAUGCAUCAAUUAUUUCAAGCUUAGCUAUACUACUCCAGGGUUCAAACCCUGCUUUCCUCCCACCACCACCUUGGCCCUGGUGCUGUUGUCUUAUUUCUCUCUCCUUUUUGUCAUUAGGUGUAUCUCAGGUGCCUGUCCUAGCUUGGGAUUGGCAGGGGAGAUAGAGCCAUACGCAGAGCUUCCAUCGGCCUCUAUUCAGCAAGACAAUGUCUUGGAGGCUGCGUGUGCUGCUCUCUCCUGCGCUUGACAGAUGUUUUAUAGGCCAAAACCAAAACAAACAAAGCAGGUCAUCUUACAAGGGUUAAACCGCUAAAGCUGGAAGACACAGAGACAACAGUGGAAUCUCUUUUAAUUUAAGUACUAAAUAUAAGCAUUCAGAUAUGGUACAAAAUUAGAGCAGUCAUUUUUAUAAUGUUCAAGGAUCUGAUGUCUGGGAUUAUUAAGAAUAAUUGUAAUACACUGCCACAACAAUGUCUGGCAGGAAUCCAACUGUUCAGGAUUUGCAUGUGGAUAUUUUGUACUAUGACUUUUAUUGAAGCAGUUAUCACAAGGAACCAGGAGAAUACAAAACCACAAAAUGGGAUUGUUUGCAGUGUUGUACAUAAAGCAUCAUCAGCAUCUGUUUUCUAAGUUUUAUUCAGGUUGGGUGGCGGGGGGGGGGGGAAGAUAAGAGUGCUGGAUGGCAGAUGAAAACUUUCAUGAGAAUAGGGAACAUAAGAACAGCCCUGCUGGAUCAGACUCAAGGCCUAUCCAGUCCAGCAUCCUGUUUCACACAGUGGCCCAGCAGAUGUCUCUGGGGAGCCCAUAGGCAAGAGGUAUGUGCAUGCCCUCUCUCCUGCUGUUGCUCCCCUGCAACUGGUAUUGAGAGGCAUCUUGCCUCUUAGGAUGGAGAUGGCCUAUAGCCCUCAGACUAGUAGCCAUUGAUAGACCUGUCCUCCAUGAAUUUAUCUAAACCCUUCUUAAAGCCAUCCAGGCUGUUGAAUGUCACAUCUUAUGACAGAUAAUUCCAUAGGUUAAUUGUGCGUUGUGUGAAAAAGUACUUCCUUUUGUUGGUCCUAUAUGUCUUGGCAAUCAGUUUCAUGGGAUGACUCCUGGUUCUAGUAUUAUGAGGGAGGGAGAAAUAUUUUUCUCUUAUCAAUUUUCUCCAUACCAUGCAUGAAUUUAUGGACAUCUAUCAUGUCUCUCCUCAGUUGUCUUUUUUUCUAAACUCAAAAGCCCCAGGUUUUGUUGCCUUGCCUCGAAAGGAAGGUGCUCUAGGCCCUUCACUAUCUUGGUUGCCCCCUUCUGCACCUUCUCCAGUUCUAUAAUGUCCUUUCUGAAGUAUGGUUCCCAGAACUGUACGCAGUACUCCAAAUGUGUCCGCAUAAUAGUUUUGUAUAAGGACAUUAUAUUAUUAGCAUUUUUAUAUUCACUCAUUACCUGAAUGUGAAUUUACCCUGUCAGUGGUUGCCAGGAGUCCAUACCAACUCGACGGCACAAGUUUCUUUAUGUGUGGGGUAACUGAAGUCACCCAUUAUCACAGCUCUGUCUUUCUUUGAUGUCUCCCUAAUUUCCUUUUGCAGCUCCCAGUCACUGUCAGCGUUUUGGUCAGGAGGGCAAUAGCGUUUCCUUUUAGGUCUUGUAUUGUCACCCACAGUUUCUGUGGAUGACUCCAGUCCAGUCAUCUUAGGUUUUCUAGCUUGUUAGACUCUAUCCCUUCUUUGACAUACAGUGCUACUCCACCCCCAGUUCCCCACUCCCUGUCCUUUCUAUAGAGUUUAUAUCUAGGAAUAACCAUGUCUCACUGGUUCUCACUGUUUCACUCUGUUUCCGUUAUGCCCAUUAUAUCUAUGUUUUUCAUUAGCAACCAAGCACUUUAGCUCACCCAUCUUGGCUCGGAGGGUUCUGACAUUGGCAUAUAAACACUUAUACGCUGAAUCUCUUACCUGGCGUGUGCUAUGUUUCUUCUAGCCAUUUGCUCUCUUUGACCUCUUGACUAGAUAGAUGGGAAGCAAUCCCAUCUAAUCUACUCAAGAGAAAAGAGAUGGGAAGGGGGGAGAAAUCCUACAAUUCUUCCAAUACACCAGCUUGCCAGGCAGAAAAAUAUUGUUUACAUUGACCAGAUAUGUCUAACUUCACGUUAAUUUUAGAAAGGGGAGGUGGGCAUUCAAAAACGUAGCCAAAACUAAAAAAGAGGUCAGAUGAUACAAAUGGUUGUCAUGUAUUUUGCGAAGAUAUGGAAGAAAAUGGGCUAUUUGCCUGCACAGUGUGGAUGCAGCAGUCCAUCUGGUUAAAAGCACUGAGUGGGUGAGGGCACAUCUCUUAAUUUAUCGAAACAGAUUAAAAGUGCAUCAUUAAUUUUCUUCAGGUCUGUACAUGCACCACAGCACUUGGGCAAAGGUCAGCACGUAGGUGUCAAUCCUAAGCAUGCUUACUUUGAAACAAGCCCCAUUGAAACCAGUAGAUGUUACCUCUGAGUAAACAUUUAUAGGAUUUGGCCUCCUGGAUCCAGCAGUAUUAUUAGCAAAAAAUGAAAAGGCAUAUCUAGUUUUGGGUUUGAAAUAUCAAAAUAUUUUUGGAUUUCCUCUUGUAUCUGUGUGCUUAUGAAAUAGUAUUCAGAAGUUGAUUUCCCCAUCUUUUGGCAUGCCCCUUCAGAUGACUCCUGCUCUCUUUGUCGUUCCACAAGCCAGACCUAUAACUCUCGAGCUCUUCUCACAAACAGCUGAUGGGGUAAACCUGUUUUUGACUGUACCACUCCAAAGUGCAGGUGGGAGUUGAGUGCUCCUUCAUGCAAAAAGAAUGCAGAUACACAAAAUACCCUACAUGUUGGAAACGAUUAACAUGUCAAGGCUAGACUAAAACUCUUCGCUCUGACAUCUCAUUCUGGUCUAGCCCUGACAUCUAGUUUUCUAUAUGCAGGGAAGUUUAUUUUAAUGGAGGAGCUUUUAAUCCUGUGAGCUCUUGCCUGAGGUCUGAAGUGGUACACAGCCAAGAAACAGGUUCUCUGUUUGUGAGAGUUAGGUCUUGGUUGCAGAAGUGGGAACAGACUGUUUCAGAGGUCGUAAAGAACCUCAGUGAAAGCCUGGCUUUGUGCGAUGCCCCUGAGCCUCGGGAGCUCACACUCCCCCUUCCUUGCCUUCCACUUCUGACUUAGGUUAAGAUAAACCAAGAUGGGUCCUGUCUGAACCGAUCAAUCUUGGUUUAUUCUAACCUAGCUACUUGAAAUAAAUCAUCUGAAACCAAGGUUUGAAGUGAAUUACAGAUUGUGGUUUAUUUUAAGUAGGUAGGCUAGAACAGAACAAGACUGGUCAGUUUGGGUGUUACAACCCAUCUUUAUUUUAACCUAAAAUUCUAAGUGGAUGCUUGUGUGAGCAUUGGAGAGGAGAGUGUGCUCCUGAGGUUCAGGAACAUUACACAGAGCCAGGCUUUUAACUGAGCUUCUGUGUGAUGUCUAAACUAGCCUGGAAGCAAAUGCAGCCCGUACAAUACAGGCUUAGAUCAGCCAUCCAGUUUCCACAAUAGUUUCCCCCACGACAAUUUUAGAAGGCAAGCUCAAUUUUAAGACCAGAUAGGCUUCUCUUUGCUUCUGUGUGCUCAAAUAGUCCUGCUUUUCAGCUUGGUUCUACCUUAUUUUGGAGAACCUUGCAAGUGCUCUCUGGAAUGCUUCUUUAACUGGUAGGUCAUGCUGGAAUUGAGCUAAUGCCACCGCGGAUAUCCUCGUUGACUCCCACAUUGCCAGUGACUUUUAUUUCUAAUUCUGCUUCACCCUCUGCAGGGUUACCCACCCCGCAAGUAUUUUAGACUCCCUCUCCCCAUUGCAAGAAUCUCAAAUGUACAUUUGGUUAUUUAUUAAAGGAAGGUGGUAGCCAGCCUUCCUUACUAGGUGAGGUAACCACAUUUCCAGGUGGAGGUUGAAAGAAACUUAUCAAAAACCAGUGAUGUUUUAAUAAUCAACAGGAACCUCUAGAACUCUGUUGCCAAACUCAGAUGUCUAUGUGUCUUUUAGUGUUUAUGAACAGUUAGCAUCAAAAAAUUCUAAGCUGGUUAAAACCAGUUAUUUUUAAGACCAGAACCUUUUCCCUGCUUAUAAUGAACACUUUAAAUAGGUACCUCUUGUAAAAAGAUGAUAUAUGGGUGAGUUUAUACAGGAUACAUGAAGGUCGAAUGUAAUGGAAAAUGAAUGAAAUAAAUGACUGGUACAUUUUACAUGAGAAUUAAGUGAUCACUGUUUCUCUUGUAGGAGAAAAACCCCACAUUCUAGCAGCUCAUUCACUCUGAACUGAAGUGGUUGAAGAGGGUUAGAAGAAAUGUGAAGUGAUCUUCUAAUACAGUCAGCAUUGACCAACUUGCUAGUUUAUAUCUGGCCCCACCCUAGUUUUCCUGGUCCCUAACCCACGACACCCAAGGGGCAGUGCUGCUUCCUUUGGGCCUUGCUCCUAGGACCCCCCAAUGCCCAGGCACAAACCCAUGAAACUCUAGAAGCCUUUGCAGUAUUGCUCUCAUUUUUGUGUUGGACUGAAACUGAGGAGACCCGGGUUCAAAUUCCCUCUCGGGCAUAAAACUCAACUGGUGACUUUGGGCCAGACAUGGUUGGCCUAACCUAGCUUAAAGAGUUAUUAUGAGAAGAAAAGUGGGGAGGAAGAACCAUGCCCUGAGCUCCUUGGAGGAAGGGUGGGAUAGAUGUAUUGAAUAAACGGUCAUACCCUGUGGGGUAGGCUUGGCUGAGAGAUGCUGAUCAGCCCAAGGUCAUCUACAUCAGUCCAGGUAAAUUCUGUGACUGAGUAGGGAUUUAAACCUGGGUCUCCCUGGUAAGAGUUCAACACUAACCAUUACACUGGAUUUAGUAUGGGGUAUGUGCUAGGUGAGAAGUGUCAAAGCACCAUGGGAGGCUUCAUUUCUGUAAACACUGCAUGAGGCCAUAAGAGUGUUAGUGCAGGGUAAGUGUUGGGUUCUUAGCAAUGCACAAGGCACCAUUUCUCACUGAGUGACAAGCACCCCGCACAAAAUAGGAAGAUCUUCAAUAUCGCCAAGUCAGAGGCUGCUGGGGCCUCCUCUUGGGGGAAGAGCUAGGAGGGAGCUUCCAUCUAGUUGUCAUGGCUGUUACAUAUAUAGAGUAUGGAUAUGCAUGAUGCUUUACAAACAAGAGAAGAGGUAUCUGUCUCAAGGAGCUUACAAUCUGAAGUUUAACAAUGGAGUAACAAAAGGCAGGGAAAGAAUAUGCAUUUGUUUCAGUUAUAUUUAGGAAAGGUUACACACAAGGUUUCACAGAAAGCAUGGAUUUUGAGGGAAGAUUUAAGAACAUACGAGCCCUGGCAAUUCCAAGGUCUAUCUAGUCCAGUAUCCUGUUUCUCACAGUUGUCAGCCUAAUGCUUCUAGGAAAGUAGUCUGGGAAUGAUCAGAGUUGUAGUUCAACAACAGUCGGAGGGCCAAGAUUGCCCUCCCCUGCUCUAGAAAGCCCACAAACAGGAGAUGAAGACAUCACAUAAAGGCACUGGAGGGAUAUAAGAGGUGGGAUCACACAGGUAUUCUGGGAAGCAGUUCCAGGCAUAAAAGGCAACAAGGGAAAGGAGCAGGAGACCCUUGGAAGGGGCAUACUCCAAAAUCCAAUGGCUUGUUACCUGUCACAACCAUAUCAGACUGUGUGAACUUUGCACUGUGCAGAUAUGUUUGUAAAGUCCUACUGGCCAUACCUCAAGUAAAUUGUCAAAAGAAGAGGUGGCCAAUCUCAAGCUCUCCAGCUGCUGUUAGACUACAACUCCCAUUGUCCCAGCUGUAAUAAACUACAGCUGGCAUGAUGGGAGCUGUAGUCCAACAGCAGCUGGAGAACCUCAAGUUGGCCACUCCUGAUCGAGAGCAACUCUGGGAUGGAGCAGGAGAAGGAAAGAAUAGAAAUUGGACUUUGAAUUGGUCUUCAUCCGGCAGGGUUUGUGAAUAUUCCUUAUAGUUAAUGGGAAGGACUGGAGUUGGGUUAAACUAUCAAGAGCAACUCGAAAGAUGAAAGGCAUCUUUAUUUUAAAAGAUCAGGGGUAACAAGGCUGGAAGAUGAGACCUUGAAGAUCAUCAGCUGCUAGUAGGCCACCUGUAGAGGGCUGGAGUUUUCAGAUUGCGACAAGCAUUUUAUGGAGUCUAUAUGGCACCAUUAGCAGCAUGUUGUCCUGUUGAAUGUCUGUGUUACACCUUUUUCUUUUUGUGAGGGUGAGGAGAGGGAAUAAAUGGAAAUAUUAAAGUGA